UUCAUCUUCCCGUCCAUUACUCUCUCUCACUAAACCUAAACACCUCUCUCUUUCGAUUUCGAUUUCGAUUUCGAUUUCAAUUUCAAUUUCGAGAUCUCAAUCGACAUGAAGAAGCUCAUCAGAAGAUUAUCCAAAGUCGGCGACUCGUCGCAGUACUGGCUGCUCAGAUCGCAAUCGAAAUCCGAGUCGCUGCGGAAGCGCUCCUCCUCCGUCGGCGUUCCGGAGGGGCACCUGCCGGUCUACGUCGGCGACGAGAUGGAGCGAUUCGUGGUGAGCGCGGAGCUGUUGAAUCACCCGAUCUUCGUGAUGCUGCUGAAUAAAUCGGAGCAGGAAUACGGUUACGAGCAGAAAGGCGUGCUGCGCAUCCCCUGCCACGUGUUCAUCUUCGAGCGCGUGCUCGAGGCGCUCCGCAUAGGCGUCACCGACGCGCAGGACCUUCUCAAUUCGCUCACCGAUCAGUUGUAGAGCUGUGCUAUAAUUUUUCCUUUUUCUCUCUGCCUUCUGGAUUGUACAGUAUAUAACUUUGUUGUGAGCAAAGUGGAAGCGGAGAGGCUUGGGUUUUGUUCAAUAGAAAGUUAUGACGGAAAAAUAGGAUUAAUUAAACGUAUUUUUCUUCAGCUCUGAUAUAAUAAUUUGUUUGAUUUCUCUGAAA